AUGCUCUCCAAUCUUCAAAGCCUAUGUCUCCUCCUUCCGCUGCUCUCUGGGCUUGGCCAAGCCGGCCUGGUGCCCCAGAAGAGAGCCGACAUGUGCGGCCAAAAGGGCGACGACCGAGGCAACGGAAACUUUGACUAUGACAGCAGUGCCAAAUACUCGACCUACGCCAAGUGCUCAGCUCGCUGCCUUGCGAACGCAAAGUGCAAGAGCUUCAGCUUCGGCGGCAAGAAUUGUUUGCUCUUCAACGUGGCCGUGAGUGGCAACUUCGAUGCCUCCUCGAGCAGCUCCGACACAUUCUACGACCGUGGCUGUGUCUCGUCCUCCCCAGCAGCAGCUCCCAGCCCAACAUCAAGCUCGUCAAAACUUAGCUCUUCGUCGACGAAGCCCACGUCCAGCACUUCCACCAGCUCUGUGAAGCCCUCGUCAACACCCGCCGCCACGCCGGCAGCCACAUCCUCUACAGCGUCGCCGGGUGUGACAAUCCCAGCUGGCUGCAACGUCCCCAAGACGCUCACCAUAACCUCUUUCAAGUGGUUCAACUCGACGCACAACCUGGACUGCGCCAACCCAAACUACCCCUCAGACGCGCGGGUGUGCUGGAACAGCGCGUCCAACACCGUCUGCGCCGACGGCGACCCCUCGUGCACCUGCACUCCCUACUGCUACACGGGCUUACCCUCGGCCGCGUACCAGCCGCUGGGUUAUGGCCCUCCCGACACCAUCUCCAUCGGCUUCGCCACGGGGGCCACGUGUGCCGCCGCCAACGCGCAGUCCAUCCGCCGGUACGAGAUCGGCGAGGGCCACUUUGACUGCGGCAGCGCGGCGGACUACAUCGGCUUCUACGGCGACUCGAACAAGGACACGGGCAACACUGGCAGUGUGUAUUACAAUAAUUACAACGGUGGGUGCAGUGGGAAGAUCCCCAGGUACGAGGGCAGCUUCCCCCUGACUUGCACUCAUGACGCUGGCAACAAUGCUACUUGUACUGCGCCUGUGCCUUUGGAAUUGACUUUGGUUCGGCUUGGGUAA